CCCAGAAUCAAAGAGUGAAUGAGUGACUGGAGUUUGUUGAUCACGCCCCGGGUUCAGACGUUUACAGUAGUUCCAGUCAUGUACGCCCAUUAUAUGAGCAUCUGAGCAGCAGCCGGCCACUUCCCCUACAGUACACACACUCACAAACACUUCUCAUGAGCGCUGCUUCAUUUGUCUUGGCCAGCUAGAGCCUUUCUCAUUACUAGAAACCAUAAAGGCUUGCCACCCUGGACGUCUGAUGAUGUUUGACAGCUCGCAAUAUCCUUAUAACUGUUUUAACUAUGAUGGAGAAGGAUACCCCUCAUGUGCCACUGAUGAAGAGAAGAAAGUGUGUCGACCAGCUUACAGUUACAUUGCACUAAUAGCGAUGGCUAUACAGCAGAGCCCCGAGAACAAAGUUACCCUAUCAGGAAUCUACGAGUUCAUCAUGAGGAGAUUUCCUUAUUACAGAUCCAACCAGAGGGCUUGGCAAAACUCAAUUCGUCACAACCUCUCUCUAAACAGCUGCUUUAUAAAGGUGCCCCGUACGGAAGGUAACGAGAAAGGAAAAGGUAAUUACUGGACAUUCGCCACAGGCUGCGAGUCCAUGCUGGACCUCUUUGAAAAUGGCAACUUUCGUCGGCGCCGCCGCAGACGCAACUUAAAAAUGGGCCUGAAGGAGACAGCCGAACCCUUCAUUUCCAUGGACACUCAUCAGGGCAUUGCAGUAAGACCCGUGGAUUCAGAUUCUUUCUGCCCUGUGAACACUAGUCACAGACCGGCCCAAAACAACCCGCCUCUCAGCAAACCUGAGCCUGAGAUCAAAUUCAGCAUUGACUACAUCCUCUCCACGCCGGACCCUCUGCCUGGGUUCAGAGCCCCUAACAGUGGAGCUGGAGCUGUGAUCCAUCAUCUGGAGCCGCAACAUCUCAGUCUUCACUUCUGGACCAUCUAACCAAAACCAUAGACUGAAACAGUCAAAAAAAAAACUUUAAGGCUUCUAUAGAGCGCAGACAGUCUUUCCCAUAAUGCAAAUCAGCUUGUCAAGUAGGCACAUGCAGUUUGUUGUGUGCAUAUAGUGACUUAAAACAUAAUAAUACUGAAUGAUAUUGCUAAUAAUAUAAAUAGAAAAAUGCUCUUUUUGAAAAUAUCCACAUAUGGUCAUGAAUCUUUGAAGGCAUACCCUAGUCCAAAAAGUAAUACAUUUAUUUCAUACUUAGAAUAGUUCAAAUCUCUUAACAUAUUUACUGAUAUGUCGCUCACAGCUUACUGAUAUAAAACUUAUAAUUUCACUUUAUUUGGAGUACUACUUGUGCACAAUGCAGAUUUCUUAAUAUUAAGCCUAAAAUGUGUUUUAAUGUCACUGUUGAUGAGGACUGUAUACAGAUACUGUCUUUAAAUGCAAGAUAUUUAAAGUGUACCUGAAGUAUUGUAAUAGUUCCCCACUUUAUCACAAUCAAAUAUAUACCUCAGUAUAUCUUUAGUUGGACUUUAGUUGCACGAUUAAAGUGCAUUAAGUACAAAAUUUGUUGUUCCAAAUUUAUCAGACUUUAAGUAUACCAGUAUACCAAAAGUACAAUAGCAGGGCAUUUUUAUUAAGCGCAUAAAUAUGUACAUGUAUUUGUAGUAUACUUAGCAUGAAAUAAAUGUAUUUCAAAUAUGUUAUUUUUCACUACGGCUGAUUUUGAUUAAAUCAAUCAUACUUUUAAUGUCAAACAUACUGUAGGAAAUACUUUACAGUAUGUCUCCAUUUGUUAACAUUAACAUUAAAAAGUAAUUAGUUAAAUAUGACAUUUACUAACGCAUUAAUAAAAUCAAAAAGUCGUGUCUGUUCACAUUUAAUGGACUUGAGUUCACGUGAACAUAUACACAUACAGUAUUUUAUUAACUAAGUAAUUGAUAAAUGCUAUAAUAAAUGUAUUGCUUAUUAUCAGUAAUAUUAGCUAAUGCAUUAAUGGGACCUUAUUGUAAAGUGUGACCCAAACAUAACUCACAUUUUUCAUUCCUCACCUUAAAGUAUAAAUUUAAAACUACAGAUCUCAUGCUCAUCUGAGGUGUGUUGGUGUUGCAGGCACGGGUUUGGAGAAUGUGAAGUGUUUGCAAGUAAAUGCGCUAACAUAGCUAUGGGGUUGGUGGAAUCAGCAUUCCCUGCUUACUGCACAACUCUAUUGUUUACAUGUGUUGUUUAUAAUGUGUAUCGUUGUUCCCUGACGGUCUGUGAUCCGUAUCAAUCACUGAUAGACUGAACAAAUGCUCCCCCAGGCAAAACCAGAGCUCUCCGUCUCUAAAGCCCUCCCCGGGGGGGGGUUCUGUCAUUUUGUUCGGGAAUCUCUGUUUAUUUGAAAGUGUCUUUAAGCUUUUUUUUUUAAGGGAAAAGUGACUGCUGAAUUGAUCACAAUGUAUCAUAGGCCUUGUUUUGGUCAUUCGUUUUUAGUCAAAUUCGAACAAGCUUAGUGACCAACAAGCUUAGUGAAACAAUAAUCACAAUAUCUGCUAAAUUUGUAGGUUUAUAAGAGAUAGCAAU